UUUCGAUCCUUCAGAUCGACAUCCAACGUCUCCCUCCCCUUGCAUGGGAUCGCCAGGCGCCAGGCUCAUGGCGUUCGGGAACAACGUCUGUCAGCAGCUCCAUGAUGGGCCCCUCAUGACCAUGCCCACAGACGUCACACGGGCUUUCGGCGACUGCAUCGAGAUCUUGUGGUGGGGAUGGAAUGCUACCGUUUAUCAAAAUGCCUCCGGCAUGCUUCUAGGUCGAGGAGUGCCUAAGCCUCUUGUUCAUGAAGAGGGGGGACGAGACCAAGUAGACGCUGCCAGGCCUGUCAAAAUCCUUGGCUGUACACACCCUCAAGCUUUCCUCAACGCCGAUGGAUAUGUUGUAGCAAUGGAAAAUGGAACGACGUCAAUACGUUCUUGGGACGAUGUUGUCGUCACAGAGCUGGGAGCCUGCUAUGCGUACCAGAAGGGAUUAGGCGUGUUCUACUUUGACACUCUCAACCACUUGCUACUCGACCAUAAUCCUUUCGGACCGUUCAAACACCCGUUGAUUCGUCAAGAUACACCUCUAAAGCUCUAUGCGGCAGAAUCUACCGUCUAUUUCCUUACGCAACAUGGAACUUGUCAUGUUCUCGAGGCAAUCGACGCUCGUGCAUUGCCGCCAGCUCUAAGGAGCACAUGCCAGGGUCCGGUUCAGAUUCAGUUGGUAGAAGAGUUGGAAGGGCUCGGGGUAACUCGCAUUGUACCGGGCUCUUCCAAUCGCUUCGCGGCUCUGACUGAGGCAGGGGAUGCCUACAUUCUUGCACCCAAAAUAGGCCUGGAACUUCUGGACGUGGGAGAUGAUGUGCGGCUUGUGGGUGUAGGGUCCGACUUUGAUCUUGUCGUGACAAAAGACAAGAUAUUUGUGCGAGGCUCGAGUGAGUGAUUCGUCAAUACGGAAUUCUAUGGCAUACAGGGAUGCUGAUGAGACUAGACAAGUACGGGCAGCUGGGUAUUGAUUCACCUGAUAACCAGGUUGAUUUUGUCGAAUUGAGCUUGGAAGAUGUGGCACCAGGUGACAUCACUAGUGUACAUACGGCAAGGUGGUCGACUAUAUUAUGCAUCAAGCAAUG